UAAUCUUUGUAACGACAAGCACACACAUGCGGCUACAAUCUACGGUAUUGUUUAGCACUCUUUUCUCGUGAUCAACUCGUCGAUCCAUCGCAUUAAGACUUCACGCUGACGAAAUCGCGCUCAAGGUACGCUGAAGGCUGGGUCAAAGGUGCACGAGAGGCUGAGCUCAAUGCACACUCAAGGCUGAGCUCAAGGCACAAUUCAGGCUGCAAUGCCAGCACAGUGUGGCGAAAGCGCAUAGCCACACUGUGCUGACAUCUCAGCCUGAGGUAUGCCAUCAACACCCAUCAUCUUCGUCUCUGCUUCACUCCUGUGUUCCUAUCUCACUUAUGGCAAUCACUUUCGGCUCGUUUGGCGAUAUCAUCGCUGCAGUGCAGGUCGUGUACAAACUGAUUGAAGUGCUUAAUUCCCAAAGAGGUGUCAAACGCGAAUUUGGAGAUCUUCUGGUGGAUCUGAGACUUUUCCAUCGCUAUCUCGAACAGCUUCUCUCGUUCUGGCAAACACGCCAAGAAGAUCCUAGUCUUGAAGGUCUCUUCAAUGUUUUGCAGCCGUCCAUUUCCGAUACAAAAGGAGAGAUAAGUUCAUUUCUGGAGCAUAUCAUAUCUCGAUAUGGAAAGAGUCUUCUCUCCAACUCGAAACCCAACCCGAAAGAUGUGGGAAAGAUGCUGCAAUGGCAUAUGCUGGAACGCGACAACGUCGUGCGACUGCAAGAAAAGCUUCGGAAGAGCAAGGAAAUCAUAUUGAUGGUUCAAAGUCAAGCCAAUAUGAUCUUAGAGGAGAAAGACCAGUCCAUCGUGAUUGAGAGAAUGGACGCUCUGGCAGACGCUGAAUCCGAGACUGCAAGACAGCUAAAUGAACGUCUCGACGAUCUUGGAGGACAAGUUGAGAAGCAGGGCGAGGCGCUCGGCCUAAUCUCUCGUAGCAUUGGAAGCAUUAGCUCAACUAUCGCUCCCAUCGCAAAUCUUGUUGUAGACCUUCCAGGCAUGUUGGCAAAGAUACAUGCCGAGCAGUUGUCUCAAAGACUCCUACUCUUCAGUCUAAACCCAUUUGCCCAGAACUCUGCUAUCGUAGAAGAUGCUCUUGGUUGGAAAUUCUCCAUACCUUUAGAGCUGAUCAGUUCUUGGAAUACACUUCACUCUAUCCUCGUCGAUAGGUUUUCGAAUCGACCAGGUUGCGACCUCAUUAGGGCCCGCCGCUAUGCGAUACGAGACGACCUCAGCGGAUUGGACAUCCGUCAGAACAAACCUCUCACCUAUGUGCUCCGUCCUGGUCAAAAGGUCAACAUGUGCAUGGUCUAUUUCACCGGUGAUAAGGACACGAUGACGUGUCCUAGAUGCAAGAAGUUGACUCUCCGCGCGAACAACUUAGCUUUCACAUGCUCAGAUCCAAGAUGUGGAAUGGAGAUCCAGCGCAUCGAAGAACUACACGACGAUACCACAGCCCUUAACGACAGAACGGACGACGGAACUACACAAUCCAAUAUCAGAAAAGAUGGCAUCAGCACGCAGCCUGACUUCGAGGAUGAAUUUCCAGCUGAUCUGAUUUCCAUGUCCGACACAGAAGAUGGCCCGGAGGUCUUCAAACGAGUGCGAUUUCUCUCUCGAUGGGAAUUUCGACUCGAAACACGAGGACCUUUGAUGUACAAAACUGGUCAAUAUAAUUGGUGGGGGGCGGAUUGUCCUGAAGCCUUCGCAAUGAAAGAAGCUCUUUGUGCUGCCUUCGAUGGAAGUUGGGUGGAACAUGUAUUUGCGACUUGGAGGCCCAGGAAGUGGGAAGAAUCUUUAUUUUUCAGUUUAUUCUUUGUUGGAUCGACAUUGCAACAGUCGAGACCGGUGUUGAUCAUGUUCAGCAUGAGUAAGAAGGUACGUCGGGAAGCCUGGAAACACUCUAUAGGAAUCGACUGGGUUAGAGCAAACCCCUCGAUCGUCCCUCUCACAAGCUGUAGUACCAUGUUCCAUAGUGACAUCAGCUUGGAACAUGGGAUGAAAUAUAGAGCACGCAUAGACAAUAGUUGAUAGACGGGCGAAGGAUGUGCUAACAAAGUACGAAUUCAUAUAUUCAGUCUCGUGUAAUUAU